AUGUGUAUGUCACUGAAAUGUGUCUUAUUCACUCCUUACAGGCUCAGUGACAAUAAAUUCAGAGAUGACGGAGUCAAAUUUUUAUGUUCAGCAUUAAAACACCCCGAGUGCAAGAUACACACCCUGUGUUUGCAACAAACUGGACUGACGGACCGUGCCUGCUCGUACCUAGGACCUGCACUACGUGAGAACAAGUCCCUAAGAAGUCUUCUGCUGUCUUACAACAGGCUGGAGGGGCCUCACUUUGGUGACCUGGUGGCGGCUUUGUCCAGCCCGCCAUGUCAAUUAGAGGAACUGGAUUUGAGCAGCACCUCCCUGACGGACACUUCCUGCUCCCCGUUGGCAUUGGGAAUAAGAAAUAACCAAUCUCUGAAGAUACUCAGCCUGUCGUACAAUCAUUUGACCGGUCCUUACUUUGGUGACAUGAUGGAGGCUUUGUCCAGUCCAAGCUGCACGGUAGAGCAAUUGAUGUUGCAGGAGAUUUUGCUAGAGGAUGAACACCUCCCAUUGCUGGUACCUCUGAGUAACAACAAGAACCUCACGUAUCUAGAGCUGAACCAUAACAACCUCACCGGUGCCUCCACCGCUCACCUCCGAGAGCUCAUCCUGCAGUCGCCCAGCCUGAAGGAGAUCUGCCUCUAUUUUAAUCAUAGACUGCCCCGUGAAGACAGAAGAUCAUUGUUGGAACUGAGAGCUCAGAAACCAGGCCUUGAAAUUUCAAUCGACUGAACUCAAUG